GAACGAUCCGAACGAAUCGCUCGUGAACGUCACGUCACGUCACUACAAGCCAUUUGUGUUCAGCAUUUCCACAGGAGCUAGCUAGCAGAUUUGGAUUAUGAAGCGCUCUCUAGAUAAUUCACGUUCGCGUCCCCAGUCUCAGCUGGACGUCGGUAUACUAAACUGCAAAACCCGGCUCACAACAUUGACGGUCAGCAGCAGUAACCGCCUGGGUGGCAAGAAGAACAUGGCAGAUGAUCGUCGAAGGGAAGACGAAGAUGACCGGAGUCCUGGAUUACAGCACCAGAUGUUUCUGAUUAUGGAGGACUUCUUAGAUAGAUUAAAACUGUUGGAUUAUGAAGAACAAGUCCUUGUGAAGCACAACAUGAAACCUCUAUCCAGGCAUUAUUUUGUAGCAAGUUCAUACACGCAAAGUAACCCUGGAGAACAGUUCUACAUGUUCAGCGUCAUCGCAGCUUGGCUCAUAACACUGUGUGGCCGGUCAUUCGAAACCCCACAAGAAUAUGAUGACCCCAAUGCGAUUGUCUCAAACAUCCUUACGCACCUCAGGGCACUGGGUGGGCUGGUUGAAUUUCCUCCUUCAAAGCUGAAGUCUGGUUCAGGGGAACAUGUGUGCUACGUCUUGGACCGCCUGGCAGAGGAAGCCCUGAAUUGUAGACAGUUUGUCUGGAAGAGGCCUCUCUACCCCUCAGAGCAGUUGGAGGAGGAGUCUGUGCUGGAGGAUGAUGCCGAGCUCACGCUCAGCAAAGUGGAGGACUUGACUGAGGAGGCUGCCGAGUUUGAAGACGUUAUUGAUCUGGAGGAACUGAAGUCCAGAACUAGUCAGAGUGAGGAGAGAGGGCAGGGACCAGAGAUGAUCCUGGAGUCAGUGACCGAUUCUGCAGAAUGGAAUUUGGAGAUAGAGAGGGUUCUGCCCCAACUCAAAGUCUCUGUCCGCACAGAUAUUAAGGAUUGGCGGUGCCAUGUGAGCCAAAUGCGUCAACACCAAGAUGGCAUCAAAAGCUCUUUGAAAGAGGCCAAGGCAUAUCUAGAUAAACUGCUGGAAGAGAUCAGUAAGACUCAAGAGAAAGUGAGCAGCAGAGAGAAGUACAUCAACACACAGCUAGAACACCUAAUCACAGACUACAGGAAUGCACAAUCAAAAUUCUGUGAGGUCAAGGAGCUGCAUCAGCAGGCCAGUAGAGGAGUGACUGAGAGAACUAGAACUAUAGCAGAGAUCAAUGAGGAGCUUGAGAAAGUGAAGCAGGAGAUGGAUGAGAAGGGCAGCAGCAUGUCAGACGGAGUUCCAGUAGUAAAGAUCCGGCAGAGUCUGACUAAGUUAAAGCAGGAGAUCCAGGAGAUGGAUGUGCGCAUGGGGGUUGUGGAACAAACACUGUUGCAGGCCAAACUCAAGGAAAAGAGCAACAUGACCAGAGACAUGCAUGCCACACACAUCACAGAGAUUACUACACACACCUACUCAUAACCACACACAGAAUACACACAAUACAGUGAAGGGAAAAAUUAUUUGAUCCCCUGUUGAUUUUGUACGUUUGCCCACUGACAAAGAAAUGAUCAGUCUGUAAUUUUAAUGGUAGGUUUAUCUGAACAGUGAGAGACAGAAUAACAACAAAAAAAUCCAGAAAAACACAUUUCAAAAAAAUUAUACAUUGAUUUGCAUUUUAUUGAGUGAAAUAAGUAUUUGACCCCUUUGCAAAACAUGACUUAGUACUUGGUGGCAAACCCUUUUUGGCAAUCACCGACGUCAGACAUUUCUUGUAGUUGGCCACCAGGUUUGCAGACAUCUCACAUCUCAAGGAAUUUGGGCCCACUCCUCUUUGCAGAUCCUCUCCAAGUCAUUAAGGUUUUGUGGCUGACCCUUCAGCUCCCUCCACAGAUUUUCUAUGGGUUAGGGUUAGGGUUAGGGUUAGUGAUUAAGGUCUGGAGACCGGCUAGGCCACUACAGGACCUUAAUGUGCUUCUUUUUGAACCACUCCUUUGUUGCCUUGGCCAUGUGUUUUGGGUCAUUGUCAGGAGUUUCUCAUCCAAGAUUUAGGGGUAUAUGGCCCCGUCCAUCGUCCCUUUGAGGCGGUGCAGUUGUCCUGUCACCUGGGGAUGGUGUACUUGGGGUCAUAGGCAGCAUUACUCCUCCUCCAAACACGGCGAGUUGAGUUGAUGCCAAAGAGCUGGAUUUUGGUCUCAUUUGACCACAACACUUUCACCCAGUUCUCCUCUGAAUCAUUCAGAUGUUCACUGGCAAACUUCAGAUGAGCCUGUACAUGUGCUUUCUUUAGCAGGGGGACCUUGCGGGUGCUACUGGAUUUCAGUCUUUCACGGCGUAGUGUGUUACCAGUUGUUUUCUUGGUGACUAUGGUCCCAGCUGCCUUGAGAUCAUUGACAAAAUCCUCCAGUGUAAUUCUGGGCUGAUUCCUUGCCGUUCUCAUGAUCAUUGAAACUCCAUGAAGUGAGAUCUUGCAUGGAGCCCCAGACCGAGGAAGAUUGACAGUCCUUUUGUGGAAGUUUGGAAUCUGAUUGGUUGCUUCCUUCUGUGGACAGGUGUCUUUCAUACAGUUAAGGAGCUGAGAUUAAGAGCACUCCCAGAGAGUGCUCCUACUGUAAUCUCAGCUCCUUACCUGUAUAAAAGACACCUGGGAGCCAGAAAUCUUUCUGAUUGAUAGGGGAUCAAAUACUUAUUUCACUCAUUAAAAUGCAAAUCAAUGUAGAACUUUUCUGAAAUGCUCUUUUCUGGAUUUUUUUAUUGUUAUUCUGUCUCUCACUGUAAUUUUAAUGGUAGGUGUAUUUGAACAGACUGAUCAUUUCUUUGUCAGUGGGCAAACGUACAAAAUCAGCAGGGGAUCAAAUCAUUUUUUCCCUCACUGUACAUGGUAACAUAUAGUAAUAUUACAAAAGGACCCCUACCAACUGUAAAAUAUAUUGAAUUUUUGUUGUUUUGGUGAUUCUGAAGUGUUUUGCAGGGAAAACAAUUAUUACUUUUAUGCUUUCGACAAGUCCAGUAUCAGUUGGCUUCUGGAGAACCUUCAGAAUGUUAUCCUGACCAUAAUUCACUUAAUGUAAACAAAUAAUGACAUAAUAAAAUAUGGUAUCAGAAAAAAAUGAUUGAUAUUUCUGUAUGAUCGAAACAAUGAUUCACAUGCUCACUAGCUGUUAUCAUCUAUAUCACAAACAGACAAUUUUGCAAAAACAGACAUUUGUAACAAUCUGGGGUUAACUGUAACAUUAUGAACAUUAUUAUCACUUCUCAAAACACUUUCAAAAAUGUGUGUGAUACAUUUGAACAUCAUAAGCCUGAGCAAAAUAUGCAAAUAUGCACCAAUCCAAACAUUUAUGUGUAUUUGUUAAAGUUUGCUGAAUUAAUCAAUGUGAAAGUUUGGGGCGAAAAAAGGUCAGAGGGGAGGCGCAAAUUGUUUCCAAGAGAAAACCACAAAGUCAGGUAUUAAUUUUGGUACUCAGUUUAUUUUAUUGUGUCGGAACUCAGAGCCCCCUCCGAGUGGACAUAUCACAGGGUGGAAUUUUGUUUGUAUCUAUUACUCUUAGCUUUCCCAAUAACCUCCACAAUCUAUAAAACUUAGCCGAAAUAAAAGAGAUCUCGGUCAACAGAUGAGAAGAAGCAGGUUUUCUUUAUUCAGUCAUGCAGUCAACAACAUGCAUAUCUGAAGAGAGCAGCUGGUCUCCCAAACCCCGAAAAAGUCCCCUCUACUUAUACCCCAGGCGCCCCGGGGCGCCUCCUUUUCUCUAAUUUAAAUAUUUUCAGCAAUUUCCCAUUAUAUUCAGUGUAUGGCUACUUUAGUCCCUCCUUCCUUAGUUUACAUACGUUUUCCCAGUUCCCAUUAUUUUCGCAUUUGUCCCGAGACCGCCCCUAAAUUGAUACCAUCCUCCCCUCGAUGACGUCAAUUUUCCUCCUCACCAGUUUCCCCUUAUUUUUAGGCUAAGUCAACCAUUUUUAUAAAAAUUGGCGCUUACUUAUAGGCGCCACUUCCUUAUUGACUUCAUUUGACCAUCACCUCUUAAAGGUGCUUCCUCGGCUCAUCCUGACCUCGCGCGUUGCCCCCCACAACAAUGUGUAAGUACCUUGCUCUCUUCCUCUAUGUCAUGAUGACUUUUCUCUCUACCUACUUGAUCUAAGUUUUGUUUUACUAAUUUUAAACUAAGCUGUGCCAUUAAGCUGCCUCAUAUCCUUUUCCUCUUUUCAUCACUGUUGGUUGCUAGUAUUCCAAUGCUAUUGUCUCCUCUACCUGCCUAUCACUGUCAUGUCACAGUGACCUGGCCUACUUCCCACACUGUGUUCCCCCUGCCUUAGUACCCGCUCUCUUUUGCUGACUACAUAGUCACGCAAUAUGCACUUCACUCAUCUUCACUCAUUUCCCAUUAUUUUUUCUAGCUCAGUCAGCCCGCCGCGCUAUCUUCCGGAGAAGUCCCAGGGGUGCUCUGCGACGCUAUCGCCAGUAUCAGCUAUCCUGUUUGGCCAUUGAACUUACUGGUUUCCUGGAGCACCUAUCUGAAUCCUCUAUUCCUGAGUCUCCUUACCUCGCUCACCAUAUCGUGAGAGAUACCGUCUGUCUUGAUCAGAGCACCCAAUUUCACCCCACAACCUGUGAUCAGUCUACUCAGACCUUCUACUGGCAUUGGACACGCACCACCUCUCAAGGCGUCCAGACUGAGGAUUUCCCUGUUGAGAUUUCCUCUAAUGAUUCUUCCUCUGACUCCUCUUCAUUUCCUAAUUCCCCUGACAUUCCCCAACUUUCUCCUGAAUUUGUGCCCAUGCCUUACAGUAUUCAUGAUAUUCCUCAGUCUUCUCCUGACUAUUCGCCCUCAACUUCUCCCACUGAUUAUUCUCCAACUUCUCCUCAGGAUCCCGAGAUUCCGUCUUCUACAACUGACCCUCCGGUCCCACUGAUCCCAUUGGAUAGGCUGGCUGACUGAGUUGUAACUCCUAAUGUUUCAAUAAAUCUCUCCUCUUUUCUGUUCCUUCAGUCCCAGUGUGGUUAUUACGCUAGC